UUGCCUCAAUCCUGUCUGUCUCAUCCUACAUCGCCCCUACCUUGCGUGACUCAGGUCCGCAGCGAGCUGGAAUUGUUCGCCAACCGGGCUGAGCUGUUGGCCAUCGCGGUGCUAAAUCGUGUCUCGCUCAAGGACAACACUCCGGCCAAGAAGAUAUGCAGUGACAUGCUCAAAGUUCCAUUGCGCACCUUCGGUGGCGUCUCACUGAUCGACCUAUUCGCACGCGCCCAUUGCAACGAUCUGAUCGGCCUACCCUGUUGCCAACUGGUGCUGGAUGAACGGUGGCACGGAGUGCUCAUCCACCUGCCCGGCUGGUCGCGUUGGCUCUCCGGCCUUUGCCCCCUCCUGGCACUCGCCCUGUUUGACCGUCGCCAUCGCCGACAGUGUUCCCGCCGGCUCGCCCAACAGGUGACCACCUUGUCAGGCCAUCUCUGCUUGACGGAUGCCGGAGAUACCAGAUCGAGCGAUCGCUCUUCGGCGCAUACCGGCAGCUACUCCAAGAACCCGGACCACAGUGGCGUCUACAUGGGUCCUUCAACCCCACUGCCGAGCACCGGAUUCGCCCCCGGCUUGGGUGCCGACUCUUCCGGCGUCCUGACGCCUAGCACCACCAGUCGCCGGCAACGACAGGCGGAGACUGGAUCUAUUCAGGAGACAGCUUCGUUGCAGAGCACUUUCAGCUUGGCCCGCCUCUUCGGCAGGACCAACAGCCGCGCCGAGCCAAGCAAGACGCAUCGAGUGCGCAACACGCCCACCUCUUCAGUUCGGCCCCCGAAGAACGAGGUGUGA